AAAGUUGUUGACAAAAAUUUUCAAUUAAUUAAAUUCCCCAAAAUGAGCUCAACUAAAAGAGAUAUUGAGAAAUUAAUACGUGAAGAUGAAUGGAAAAAAGCCUUAGAUGUUAAUAAGUUUGACGACGACAAACUUGAAGAUUCGAGGCCAUUAAAACUUCGGUUGAAGGAACAGCAGGAAAUAAAAGCACAAGCAUGGAAGGAAUCCUUCAAAUCAAUAGUCGGUAUUGAUGAAGAAGAUGCAGAUCACUUGAAAAACGUGACAGAAAGGAAAUUCAUGAUUGAAAAACAAAUAAAGGAACAAGAUUCUAUAGAAAUUGAGAAUUUUAGACGUAAAUCAGCACAAAUGAAGGAAGAAGAAAUGACAGCGAAACGUCAUGAAUUGUUUACGAAGCAAAAAGUUGUUACAAGUUCAGUCAACAAGCAAAAGUCGCUUUUGUUGGCAGGAAUAAAAAGGAAAUCCAAUGGAGAUAAGGCGAAUGUGAAUGAUCCGAAAGGUCUACAAGCUGAAAAGUCACAGGAUAAAACGGUCAUUAUUUUCGCUUUUGGCUUUUUUCUACUUUUCGAUUUAUGGUGGGUUAAUAGACAGAAGAAGAUGCUUAGGUGAGGUUUAAAAUUAUGAUGUGGAAAAAAAUUGUCUUAAUUAUGC